UGAUAAAAUUUUCCUGAACUUCUUGAAAAUGCAAAAAAUAUAAUAUUCAUGAAAGUCAGAGAAAAAAUCCUCUCUCUCUCUCACUCUCUUCUUGUGGCCGGACGGGAGAGAUGGGGAGUACGGUGUGGCUAUCGCAUCCUCAACCAAACGCCUUCCAGAGUCUUCAAGCACCUGCUUCUCGGAAAAUCAGCAGGACCGCCAUCUUCAUUCUUUCGGAAUCGAGGGUGACCUCAUCUGUGGUAUUCCAUCCUUUGAAGUUGCGGAAAAGGAAACGUGGCUUGGUCCGUCAUGCCGUCGAAGAAGGCAAGCAAGAGAACUCAAGUGGCGUUGGCUCAGCUUUGGAAGAAAGACCAGGUGCACUGCAAGAGGAAUUUACAGAAAAUAUGGAACAGGGAAGCGGAGGGAGUUCGUUGUAUGAUUGGCUCUAUCCCGACAAAGAGCUUCUUCCUGAUGACAAAGAAAUGAGUAUUUUCGAUCACUUGGAAGAACUACGGCAAAGAAUGUUUGUUUCAGUUUUGGCUGUGGGGGCAGCUAUCUUGGGAUGCUUUGCAUUUUCUAAAGAAUUGAUACUGCUUCUUGAAGCUCCUGUUAGUUCACAAGGAGUUCGAUUUUUGCAGCUAUCUCCAGGGGAGUUCUUCUUUACUACAUUGAAGGUCUCUGGAUACUGCGGGCUAUUGCUCGGGAGCCCUGUUAUUCUUUACGAGAUAAUUGCAUUUGUUCUACCUGGACUAACAAGAGAUGAAAGGAGGUUCUUGGGCCCCAUUGUCUUGGGUUCCUCAGUUCUCUUCUAUGCUGGGAUCGUGUUCUCUUAUUUAAUUCUCACUCCAGCAGCCUUGAACUUUUUUGUCAAUUAUGCACAAGGAGCAGUUGAAUCUCUAUGGUCUAUUGAUCAGUACUUUGAGUUUGUCCUGGUGCUUAUGUUCAGCACAGGUUUGUCUUUCCAGGUUCCUGUCAUACAACUUCUCCUGGGUCAAAUUGGUUUGGUUUCAGGAGAUCAGAUGUUGUCUAUCUGGAGAUAUGUUGUAGUAGGAGCAGUGAUAGCUGCUGCGGUUCUCACACCAUCAACAGAUCCAUUGACACAAGUAUUGUUGGCAGGCCCUCUGUUGGGUCUUUAUCUAGGGGGUGCAUGGAUGGUGAAGUUCAUCGGUCGUUAACUUCUCUUAACUGUAUCUAGAUAGAGGAAUGUAAACAAUAUGUGCUAUAUGAUUGAAGCCCGACCAUCAAUGUAAUGUAUGAUGAUCCAUAAAACUCGAGUCUCUCGGUUACAGAAGAGAUCUUUUUCCCA